CGUUUUAUUUGGUUUGAAUAUAAUGGAAGUGUCUAGUUAUAACAUCUUUUAUAUGGCAAGGAGUGCAAAAACAUCUAAAAUCAAAAGAAGUUAUCUAUUUGAAAGAUAAUGUGACACACAGGAUCCUUUGCACAAUUCCUCCCAAUUAAUUGUGCAACAAUGAAUAUUUAUCGAAACUGUAUGCACUUCCUUCGUUCCUAUAUUUGUUAUUUAUUAUAUAUUUUUGUUAUCCUUUACUAUGGGAAUCCGAUAGCAUGUAUGCAAAAUUUCUUCGUUUUAAAUUAUGAGCAGCUAGAAUCUAAUUUACUGAGGAAGUCUAACCUCAAUUUAACCAAAGAUCAGUUGUUGAACAGUCCUUGCACUUAUGACAAUGUAUUAAACGAUACUUCCUCAACCAAUGUCCAAUCAUUAUCUUCGAGUAUAUUGAAAACUUACAAAAUAAACAAUGGAGGAGAAUAUAUUCCUGAAAACUGUAUCCCUCAAUUUAGCACAGCUAUUGUAGUGCCUUACAGAAAUAGAGCAGAGCAGCUUAAUAUUUUUUUGACAUACAUGCAUAACUUUUUAUACAGGCAGAACAUACAUUAUAGAAUAUUUAUAAUAGAACAAUUCGACAAUAAAUUAUUUAAUAGAGCUAAACUAUUGAAUAUAGGGGCUAAGGUAGCCUUAGAAUUUGGUUUUCCUUGCUUGAUAUUACACGAUGUGGAUCUCCUGCUUAACAGAGGGAAUUUAUAUGCUUGCACAAAUUUACCAAGGCAUAUGUCAGCUAAUUUAGAUAUUUUUAGAUUUAAUCCACUGUACCCAGAAUUAUUUGGUGGAGUUGUAGCUAUAUCCGCAUCAAAUUUCAAAGUAAAUGGCAUGUCCAAUUUAUUCAACGGAUGGGGUGGUGAAGAUGAUGACUUCUACAGACGUCUGUCUCAUAAUGGGAUAGAAAUUUGCCGUUUUCCAUCAAAACUUAGUCGAUACACAAUGCUAAAACAUUCUCAUGAUGCUCCAAGUGAAGAACGAAAAACGCUUUUAGAAACCGGCCCACUACGAUAUAAGACAGAUGGUCUUAUAUCUUUAAAAUAUAUUACCAAAGCCUUUAGACUGCAUCCAUUAUUUACCCAUGUUCUAGUUGAGUUGUAAUGGAAAUUAGUUUUAAGACACGUGAUAGAUUACUAGUACAAUAUUUACACGAAUGGUAGCAGAGAAAAAUAGGAUACGAACUAGAGAUAUGAAAAUUAGUAAUAAAGUAUUUAACAGGUAAGAUGGAUAUGGAGAAACAAGAACUAAAAUGUUGUAUUAAACCAAAAGAUUAUUUUGGAUUUCUGUUAUUAAAUUAAUUUAUUAUGUUGAAGAAAAAGUGAUAACAUAAUAUACGGCUUAAAAACCAU